AUGAUGGAGAAGGCGUUGUACGAUGUCUGGGCCGAUGUGGCGACAGUGGCGCCCCCGGCAGCAAGUUCGGAGAGCCCACGAUCCAGCAUUUUAAAGCUUUGCGGGGCCUGGGGAGCGCUGGCCGCGGCACAGGGCUUCCAGGCUCCCGGCGAGGUGGGGGCGGAGGGUAUCAAGCACCCGGAGCCUAUGCCGGUCAACAGCAGCCGGGACCGGGUGCCGGCGGGUCGGACCAUGAGCUGCCGCCUCUUCUUCUGCGUCUCCCUGUUGAAAGCCUUGAGCUUGUCUUUGACAUCAUCAUUUGGUCAAAACUUCGAGGAGCUGACGCAGGCCGUGGCCGCGGCAGAGAAAUGCGGCAUUCGCAUGGAGGAGAUCGAGAAGGAGGCGGCGGUGCACUCCAAGCAAUACGAGGAGGAUGCCGUUGAGGUUCGCCGGGCCAUUAACAGCAAGGACGAGGAUGCCAUGGUCUCCGCUCUCCGAGCUGCAGAGGCGAAGGGCUUCGAAGAUUCGUUCUUGAUGGGCGAACUCAGGGAGCAGUUGGCUGAGCUGCAGGCCGCACGCGCGGCCGCCGCGCGGCGCUCUGAUGCAGAGUCCCAGCUGGAGCGUGCCUUGGGGGAGGAUGCGAAAAGCCUGGAGAAGGCCAUCGCCGAGGCAGCUGUCAGUGGCCUGAGCUUGGCGCAGCUGGCGCCAGCUCGCAAACGCAAAGCAGAGCUCGAGGAGCAGCGACGCCGUGAGCAGGGGCGGGAGGUUUUGGCCCGCCGGCUCAAGGCCGCGACUCGCACGGGAAACCCGAAGAUCCUGGCUCAGGUCAUCGCGGCAGCCGAGCGUGCCGGUGUGAGCAAGGAGGAGGUCCGCGCUGCCCAGGAGAUGGCAGACCGCUGGGCGGCGGAGGCCCGAGGCAAAGCACCAGUGGAGGAGGCACCGAAGGAGCCACUGCCAGGUCCAGAGCCCAAGGUGCGGCGGGUGAACGAGGAACCGGACGCGGCCUCAAUCCUUGCCUUGGCCACCAUCGGCAAGGAUGUUGCAGCUUUGGAGUCCGCGCUCUCCAUCGCCAGAUCACAGGCUUCCGAGGUCGACGAGGCAGAUCUGCACAUCGCCCACCGGCGCCUCGAGGCCUUGCGGAAGGCUCAAGCGGCCCCACCCCGUGGUGCUGGGGUGGAAGAUGCCUGCCCGAUUGUGUUUCAGGUUCAGUCCGAUUUGGAAGGCUCUUUCCAUAUCGAGAAGUUCAAGACGGAGAUCGACAAGCUGCAAAGCAAGCAAAAGGCUUUGUCCGAAAAGAUUCAGGAGCAUUCCGGAGGAAAGGAUGAGUUUUACGCUAAGAAGGUCUUCCCAAUUGUCGGGCAGGGUCAGGGUGCCGAGAAUGAGCAAGAGGCCGAGCUCCGUGCGCAGCUGGACGAGCUGAGUGGCAAGAUCGAUGGGCUCCAGGCUCGGAAGGAGGAGAUCAACAGGGCGGUUGGCAGCAAGCGAGACGAGGAGCCGACGUGGCAGAGGUUCUUUCUUCAGUUCGUUGAUAUUGGUCGUGUUGUGAAAAGCGGCCUUUCCUCCCAUCGGAAGUCCAUUGGCUUUUCCAGCGAGGGGGACAUCGAUAACCGCAUCGCUUCUAUCGAGUUUCAGCCAGCCCUCACCACCUCCCCGAACUCUUGGAGCCUUCCAAAAGAGGAGGAGAAGAAGCUCCUGGCCGAGAUCCAGCAGCUCAAGAAGAACCGAACUAAGGUCAGCCACAUGCAGCAGAUGGAACAGAGCCCUGGUGAUCCAAAGUCGAAUGUGAGGAACCUUUCCACGGUUGACCCGACGAUGUCCAUGAAGGAACAGAAGGAUGCCAUCAACGAGGAGAUGAACAGGUACCGCGACGAAAAGCGCAAGAUUCAGGAACAGAUGACCGAACUCUCCGAGGCACGCAAGCAGCAGCUGGGACCCAUCGAGGAGAUUCAGAACCAGCGCGGCGCAGUGAGCGAUGAGCUGAAGGCGAAAAUCGAGGAUCCCUGGCUACCGGUGCUGCUCCAUGCAGAGAAGUAUGCAGCCGAGAAGGCCGAGAGGCAGAAGGAGUACGACCUGCGCCGCAAGCAGCGCGAGGCGGAGAAGCUCGAUGACCAGCCAUACGUUGCGGAGAUCACGCUGAUCGAGCAGACCAUGAAAUUCUGCCAGGGCCUGGUGCAAUCCAAGGUUGAGGACAAGUCGGACGAGAAGAAGGAGGUUUCCCACGAGAACGUGGACGGAUGUGAGAUUCUGCUGCGCAAGGAGGACCGCGAGGAGGAGUUCUACUUCGCACCGCUUAAGGGCAAGAAGGACAAGAACAAGAAGAAAGGAGCCGGUGAGACGAAGGCUGCAAAGAUUACCCACAACGCUGAGACCUUCCGUUUGUUUGACCAACUCAAGCUCGAUGCACCCCUUUCGACGGACCAGGUGCCGGGUCUUUUGGAGAAGCUAACGGAGCAGCUGGCCGACUACCAGGCGAAGGUCAAGGAGUGGGAGGAGAAGCGGGAGGACAUGAAGAAGGCAAUCCUGGAAGGACUCUCCGAGAUCGAAGAGAAGAAGGCCGCGCGUGACGCCGAGGACAAUGCAGAGGAGAAGGAGGAAGAGAGAAAAGAGGAGAAGGAGGAGGAGGGGUAG